AUGAGCGCCAACGGGCCUACCCCAGACCCAGCCCCAGCCCCAGCCCCGGAAGCCCCUCCAACCUCGACGCCUGCCCCAGCCCCUGCUCCGGCACCUACUCCGACCCCAACCCCGGCUUCGGCACCGGCGCCAGCGGCAUCAGCCGCUCCACCUGCCUCAUCGACCUCGACUAUCCCGGUUGGUGCGUUGGCACAGAAGAAGCGGCAGCAGUAUGCCAAGAGCAAGAAACAGGGCAGUAAUGCCAAUAGCAGGCCGCCGAGGGCUCUGUUCUGCCUCAAUCUUAACAAUCCCAUACGUAGGGCCUGCAUCAGCCUGGUGGAGUGGAAGCCAUUUGAUAUCUUUAUACUAAUUGCUAUAUUUGCCAACUGUAUGGCCUUAGCUGUCUAUGUACCUUUUCCGGAAGAUGAUUCCAACUCCACAAACCAUGACUUGGAGACAGUCGAGUAUGCCUUCCUCAUCAUUUUCACAAUUGAAACUUUUCUGAAAAUUAUCGCUUACGGUUUGGUGAUGCAUCAAAAUGCCUACGUGAGAAAUGGUUGGAACAUGCUGGAUUUCGUCAUUGUCGUCAUUGGACUCUUCAGUGUUGUCUUGGAGAUUCUGACCAAAGAUGAAAAGGCAGACGGUGAGGGAGAAGAAAAUCACCCAUCCAUGCACGGUCACGGCGGUAAACCCGGUGGAUUUGACGUAAAAGCCCUUCGAGCCUUCCGUGUGCUGCGUCCCCUGCGGCUGGUCUCAGGAGUACCCAGUUUACAAGUGGUGUUGAACUCCAUCAUCAAAGCCAUGGUCCCUCUCCUUCAUAUUGCCCUCCUGGUCUUGUUUGUCAUCAUUAUCUAUGCUAUUAUUGGCCUGGAGCUUUUCAUUGGUAAAAUGCACGCAACCUGCUACCUUCCUGGCUCAGACAUCAUAGCAGAGGAUGAUGCUGCUCCAUGCGCGAUCUCAGGGCACGGGCGGCAAUGCCCCAUUAACGGCACCGAGUGCAGGGAAGGCUGGCAAGGCCCUAACGGCGGUAUCACCAACUUCGACAACUUCCUGUUCGCCAUGCUGACUGUGUUUCAAUGCAUAACUAUGGAGGGGUGGACUGACGUGCUCUACUGGAUGAACGAUGCUAUGGGCUUUGAGCUUCCAUGGGUGUACUUUGUCAGUCUCGUGAUCUUCGGCUCCUUUUUCGUUCUUAACCUGGUUUUGGGUGUGUUGAGCGGAGAGUUCUCCAAAGAGAGAGAAAAGGCCAAAGCUCGUGGAGACUUCCAGAAGCUGCGAGAGAAGCAGCAGCUAGAGGAGGACCUGAAGGGUUACCUGGACUGGAUCACUCAGGCUGAAGAUAUUGACCCUGACAAUGAGGAUGAGGCAGACGAGGAGUGUAAACGCAACCGGGUGACUCUGGCUGACCUUACUGAGAAGAAGAAAGGAAGGUUUGGGUGGUUCAGCCAGUCGUCUGACACUCAUGCAAGCGUUCCUGCCAGCGAAACCGAAUCUGUGAACACAGAAAACCAAAAUGGGGAGGAUGAAAAGACGCCAUGCUGUGGACCUCUUUGUCAAAAAAUUUCAAAGUCAAAGUUCAGUCGGCGCUGGCGCCGCUGGAACAGGUUCUGUCGCAGAAAGUGUCGGUUGGCCGUCAAAUCCGUGCCUUUCUAUUGGCUAGUCAUUAUCCUGGUUUUUCUCAACACCCUCACCAUAUCAUCAGAGCACUACAACCAACCUUUGUGGCUGACACAAGUACAGGAUGUGGCCAACAAGGUGCUCUUAGCCCUGUUCACCUGCGAGAUGUUGGUGAAGAUGUACAGCCUCGGCCUACAGGCCUACUUUGUAUCACUCUUCAACCGCUUUGACUGCUUUGUGGUUUGUGGAGGAAUCACCGAAACCAUCCUGGUGGAGCUGGAGAUCAUGUCACCCCUCGGGAUCUCAGUGUUCCGCUGUGUGCGGCUGCUGAGGAUUUUCAAGGUCACACGCCACUGGCAGUCACUCAGCAACUUGGUGGCUUCCCUCCUCAACUCCAUGAAGUCUAUCGCUUCCCUGCUGCUGCUGCUCUUCCUCUUCAUCAUCAUCUUCUCGCUGCUGGGCAUGCAAGUGUUUGGUGGAAAGUUCAACUUUGACGAAACCCAAACCAAGAGGAGCACCUUUGACAACUUUCCACAAGCACUACUCACAGUCUUUCAGAUCUUGACCGGGGAAGACUGGAACGCUGUCAUGUAUGAUGGCAUCAUGGCGUACGGCGGCCCUUCCUCUUCUGGGAUGAUUUUAUGUUUUUACUUCAUCAUCCUCUUUAUCUGCGGAAACUACAUCCUCCUGAAUGUCUUCUUGGCCAUUGCUGUAGACAACCUGGCAGAUGCUGAAUCUCUCAACACAGAUGAGGGAGAUAAGAAAGGGGACAAAAAAGAUGAUAAAGAUGAGAAGGAUGAAGAUGAGGACAAUGAGGACACCGCGGGAGAGGAGGAAGACCCAGAAGUGCCAGCAGGACCUCGGCCAGCCAUCUCCGACUUGGUCAAGAAGGAGAAGAUCACCCCGAUUCCAGAGGGAAGUGCCUUUUUUAUCUUCAGCAACACUAAUCCGGUUCGCGUGUUUUGCCACAAGCUCAUCAACCACCACAUCUUCACCAACCUCAUCUUGGUGUUCAUCAUGCUCAGCUCCGUUUCACUUGCCGCUGAGGAUCCCAUCAGAAACUUCUCUGCUCGUAAUAUUAUACUUGGUUACUUUGACUAUGCUUUCACGGCUAUCUUUACUGUUGAGAUCGUUUUGAAGGUCCUAGGCUAUGCAGAUUAUGUCUUCACUAGUAUGUUUACAUUUGAGAUCAUAUUAAAGAUGACAACAUAUGGAGCUUUCCUCCAUAAGGGAGCUUUCUGCAGGAAUUACUUCAAUCUUCUCGACCUGUUGGUGGUGGGAGUGUCUUUAGUCUCCUUUGGCAUACAGUCGUCUGCUAUCUCAGUGGUGAAGAUUCUCAGGGUACUUCGCGUCCUGAGACCCUUGAGAGCCAUCAAUCGAGCCAAAGGCCUAAAGCAUGUGGUGCAGUGUGUGUUUGUGGCAAUUAGAACCAUCGGCAACAUCAUGAUUGUCACAACGCUUCUUCAGUUCAUGUUUGCCUGUAUAGGAGUGCAGCUCUUCAAGGGAAAGUUCUAUCGCUGCACAGAUGAAGCCAAGUCUAGCCCAGAGGAGUGCAAAGGCACCUACAUCCUGUAUAAAGACGGCGAUGUGAACCAACCCACCAUCCACAAACGAACGUGGCACAACAGCGAUUUCAACUUUGACAACGUGCUCAUGGCAAUGAUGGCUUUAUUUACUGUAUCCACCUUUGAAGGCUGGCCUGCGUUACUGUACAAGGCAAUCGACUCUAAUAGGGAAAACCUUGGGCCCAUUUACAACUACCGUGUGGAGAUUUCAAUCUUCUUCAUCAUCUACAUCAUCAUCAUUGCCUUCUUCAUGAUGAACAUCUUUGUAGGUUUUGUGAUUGUCACCUUUCAGGAGCAAGGAGAGAAGGAGUACAAAAACUGUGAACUGGACAAGAACCAGCGCCAAUGUGUGGAGUAUGCUUUGAAGGCCCGUCCUCUGAGGAGGUAUAUCCCCAAGAACCCUUACCAGUACAAAUUCUGGUAUGUGGUCAAUUCUACCGGAUUUGAGUACAUCAUGUUUGUGCUCAUCAUGCUCAACACACUCUGCCUAGCUGUACAGCACUAUGGCCAGUCGGCACUUUUCAACUAUGUAAUGGACAUCCUCAACAUGGUCUUCACGGCUGUUUUCACUGUGGAAAUGGUUCUCAAGCUCAUUGCUUUUAAACCCAGGCACUAUUUCGCUGAUGCUUGGAACACAUUUGAUGCCUUAAUAGUCGUUGGUAGCGUCGUCGAUAUUGCUAUCACUGAAGUGAAUAAACUUGUAGAGCCAACAGAGACUCCUCAGGUGGAUGAACUGGGGAACACAGAGGACAGCGCCCGCAUUUCUAUUACCUUCUUCCGUCUCUUCCGAGUCAUGCGGCUCGUCAAGCUUCUCAGUAGAGGGGAGGGCAUCCGUACUCUUCUUUGGACGUUCAUCAAAUCCUUCCAGGCUCUGCCAUACGUCGCUCUUCUGAUAGCUAUGCUAUUCUUCAUCUAUGCUGUCAUUGGGAUGCAGGUGUUUGGCAAAAUUGCGAUGGUGGAUGGAACGCACAUCAACAGGAACAACAAUUUCCAGACCUUCCCUCAGGCUGUUCUCCUCCUCUUCAGAUGUGCAACUGGAGAGGCGUGGCAAGAGAUCAUGUUGGCCUGCAUGCCAGGAAAGUUGUGCGACCCAGAGUCAGACUACAACCCCGGAGAGGAAAUGACAUGCGGCAGUGGAUUUGCAAUUGUUUACUUCAUCACCUUCUACAUGCUUUGCGCCUUUUUGAUUAUUAAUUUGUUUGUUGCUGUCAUCAUGGACAACUUUGACUAUUUGACACGCGAUUGGUCCAUCCUUGGCCCACACCACCUGGAUGAAUUCAAGAGAAUUUGGUCGGAGUAUGAUCCUGAGGCAAAGGGAAGAAUUAAACAUCUAGACGUGGUAACACUCCUUCGACGAAUCCAGCCUCCUCUUGGCUUCGGUAAACUGUGUCCUCAUCGAGUAGCGUGCAAGAGGCUGGUGGCCAUGAAUAUGCCUCUCAACAGUGAUGGCACCGUCAUGUUUAAUGCUACUCUUUUUGCACUGGUGCGAACAGCCCUCAAAAUAAAAACUGAAGGGAAUCUCGAGCAGGCCAAUGAGGAGCUUCGAGCUGUCAUCAAGAAAAUCUGGAAGAGAACCAGUAUGAAGCUGCUGGAUCAAGUAGUGCCGCCUGCUGGUGAUGAUGAGGUAACCGUGGGGAAGUUCUAUGCCACCUUCCUGAUACAGGACUACUUUAGGAAAUUCAAGAAACGUAAAGAGGAAGGCCUAGUGGGUGCACACCCCUCCCAGAACAGCACAGCCAUCGCACUGCAGGCUGGCCUCCGCACACUCCAUGAUAUUGGGCCCGAAAUUCGCCGAGCGAUAUCAUGUGACCUGCAAGAUGAUGAACUAGUAGACUUUAUACCAGAGGAAGACGAGGAAAUAUAUAGGCGUAAUGGCGGACUUUUUGGCAACCACCUAAUGAACGGAGGUCAUCGAAGGUCCAACGGCCACCAGACAAACGCAACCCAACGGCCUCUGCAGGUGCAGCCACCCCCUCACUACGCUCACAUGGAGCAACCGGUGGGACGGCUUUCUCGAGCCAACGCAAUGUCCCACGCCAACCACCGUCACCACCACCACCAUCACCACCACCACCGCCACCACAACAAUUCCUAUGGCAAGUCUCCCAAAUCCACCAACAUCAACCUCAACAAUGCCAACAAGUCCAGUCUACCCAACGGGGGGCACCAGCGCUACUACGAACAUGCCCCUCCGAAUGGCUACCCGGGUCAUCACGGCUCCUACUUUGACUAUGAAAAGUCCCGGACCCCACAAGCUCAAAGAAGGCGCUACUAUGAGACCUAUGUUAGGUCCAACGGUGGAGACAGACGUCACCCCACCAUCCGCAGAGAGGAGGAGUUGGAUGAAGAUCGUUUGUCUGGAGAGUAUUUCAGUGGAGAGGAGUUUUAUGAAGAUGACAGCAUGCUUUCAGGGGACAGGUACCAGAACAGUGACACUGAGUAUGAGACUCCCAAAGGUUACCAUCAUCCUGACAGUUACUAUGACGACGAUGAGCAGCCUCUCUACCGUGACUCAAGGCGGUCACCAAAAAGACGUUUGCUUCCUGCAACACCUGAAGGUCACAGGAGGCCAUCUUUCAACUUCGAGUGUCUGCGGAGGCAGGGUAGCCAGGAUGAGCUUCCACAUCAGCGUACUGCACUACCACUACACCUCAUGCAGCACCAGGUCAUGGCUGUAGCAGGCCUGGACUCCAGCAGGGCCCAUCGCCUUUCCCCGACCCGCUCUACCCGUUCUUGGGCCACGCCCCCUGCGACCCCCGCCAGUAAAGACCAGUCACCGUACUACACCCCUCUCAUCCGUAUAGACCACCCACACAGGGAUAGUGCUGCCAGCAGUCACAUAUCGGUGCGCAAGAGCUCCUGGUACUCUGACGACCCCGAGUUCACGCAGAGGACGUACUCGCCUAUUCACCUACAGGUGCCACCCGAGUACCACAGCCAGUACCACCAGAAGCGAGGCAGCGCCACUAGUCUUGUUGAAGCGGUUUUGAUAUCAGAGGGACUCGGGAGGUACGCCAAGGAUCCCAAGUUCGUCGCAGCCACUAAGCAUGAGAUAGCGGACGCCUGCGAGAUGACCAUUGACGAGAUGGAAAGCGCGGCCAGCCACCUGCUGAACGGUGGCAUGGCACCUGUUAUCAACGGGGUCAACGUAUUCCCUCUCAUAACUGCGGGGGACUUUGAACCGCAGGACCCGGCGGCCAGCUACAGCGACGAGGAGCCCGAGACGGAACCCCGGGCUCCCUACGAAGAGGAUUUGGCUGACGAGAUGAUUUGCAUCACGACUUUAUAG